UUCACAGCACAUAAAUCAAACAAGAUAAACCAGCAUUCUUCACCCUUCUUCUUCGUCAACACUGAUAAACCAGCUACUUCUUCUUCUCCUUUUCUCACCCUAACCACCGUAGCUACCUUCUCCUUCUUCUCCUCUUUUUUAAACACUGAACCAGUAGAACACAGCCUCUGUCUCUCUCAUUCUUUCUCGUUCGCAGAACAAAGCAAGAUCAAGUUCCACCACCACCGCCCCUCAAGCUUGCAUAUCUUCUUAGUGCUACAGCCAUCAUCUCCUCCGGUCAAUGCCGCGGCUACCUUCGCACAAGCCCUAGCUUCUCAAAUCCAUUCCUAUAUUUUCUCCUUCCUUUACUUCCCUCUCUUCAAGUUUCAGCCACACAAGUCAAGUUUCAAAGGCAACGCGAACGCAACCAUGCUAUGGCAAAUGCAGCUUCCAGAUGAUGACUGCAAGUUGCGGUUUUUGGAGCUCAAGACAAAAAGGACUCCCAGGUUCAUAGUUUUCAAGAUUGAGGAGAAUUAGAAGCAAGUCAUUGUGGAGAAGCUUGGUGAGCCAGCUCAAGGCUACGAAGAUUUCGCUGCUUGCUUCCCUUCUAAUGAGUACCGCUAUGCUAUAUAUGAUUUCGAGUUCUUGACCGAAGGCAAUGUCCCCAAGAGCAGGAUUUUCUUCAUUGCUUGUUAAUUAGAUGUUUGCUUCUUUGUUUGUUCAUAUGCCUGCUGGUUGCUUUUGCUGUUGAUUGAUAUUAAUUUGAUUUUCGUGUGCCUUUGUGCCAUUGUGAUAUUAAUUUGAUUUUCUAGUUAUAAAUUAAUCUCUAAACAGUUGCAUUGUGUUACUUAUUCCAAUUUUUCUUGCGUACUACUUGAAUAGCAUGAUGAGGUUCAAAAUUUUAAAUUUCUUAACCCUGUGCGUUUCUUCUUUUUGACAGUUUUAUACAGGAAUAUGAUCCCUAGUAACUUUACUAUGAGUACAUCUAAUGUGAUGGCUAGUUUGGCCACAGAUCUGCUGAAUCCGACAACAUCAGAGGGUGAAAACCAACGAGAGGAUAUUCAAGCAAUGAAUAUAAUUCUUAAUCCUAGACUAGCCUUUGGAAUUGGAAACCAUCCGACUACCAAAUUAUGUCUAUUACUCCUACAUGACCGUAUAAAAGGAAGAGAAUACAUCUUGGACUAUGGCACUGGCACUGAAAUUCUAGCAAUUGCAGCUCUAAAGUUUGGUGCUGCCUUUGCCGUUGGAGUCGAUAUAGAUUCACAAGCAAUUGCAUCAGCAUCUGAAAAUACUACUCUAAAUAACAUCAGACCAGACAAGCUGCAACUGCAUUUGAUUGCAAGCCAAACUUCUUCAUCUUGCAGGGAUGACUGGCCAUCUAGAGUUGUCGAGGGAGAAAAUCCUUUCGAGAUAGACAGAGUCACUCACAAGGAUAAAUAUGAUGUUUUAAAUCCUCUGUUAAAUCUUGCUGAUCAAAUUAUCUUUUCUACAAAGCCUGGAGCAAUUAUAGGUCUCUCUAGAAUCUUAAGUGAACAGGUCCAGAACUUAUUAAAAAAAUAUUCACUAUUCUUAGAAGGCAUAGAAGUGUCGAAAAUGAAUGACUGGGCCUGUGUGAGUGGCAGAAAAAGAAAGAAUAUAGAUAUUUGCUGAUUCGUUGCUGUAGAUGCUUGGUUUAGAGGUUUACCUUUUCUCAUCCAAUCAUUCUUUGCUGUUUUAAUGCCACCCAGAAUAUUUUACAAGAAGCAGCAUGUUGAUGAUAUACUAGGAAUUAUAGUUGAUGAUCAAUACAUUUUGUUUAUAUUUUAAAUUAUAUUGACUUGCUUGUUUAUAGUACUUUUCUUUUACUUUGAUAA